UAACAUUUAAACGCUUCUCCACCUCUCAAGACCAGCAAAUACACAGUUCCCAGCAAUGCCUCAUCAAGUAGCACCACCGCCAUCUGGUGAAUUCCAGGUCGUCCUCUCCAAGACUUUCUCGGGCACAACUACCCAUCAGAUCGAAGUCAUCGGCGAGCACAACCGAAGCGCAAUCAUCCAACGUACCGAGCACAGCGGCAGUGGAAGCUCAUCAGAGAAGACAGGCGAUGUUCCUGCCGACGAUGUCCAAGAGCUCUUGUCUCUUGUUAGCCAGCUACGAGGCUUGCCGUCGCACGCUUCAAAAGACAUUUUCGGUCUGGAUACAAAGGUGGACUUCAAUACAUUUGAGCUUCAGUGGAGUAACGGAGAUGAAGAUUCGGCGGCAGGUGCUGUUAAUGAGCUUGCGAGCGAGCAGAAAGAUGACUUCAAGCGAAUUGUGGAAAGCAUUGAUGCGUUGGCAAGGACAUUCGCUGAGCAGGAUUCAGCGGUGUAAGCCGUCUGGGGAAAUAUCAAGUCGGAACUGUCACGUAGUACUGUAGCUACUUUUUCCACGCCGUCAUCAUUCAAGACUUGACUCAUAGUACGGCGAGAGAAUGAUUCUGUUGUCUUGUCGGGGA